AUGAUUAUUGAAAAAUAGUUAAUCAAUCUUCCUGCAGAAAAAGUCUUAUGGAUGGUCUAUGUAAAGAAGUUUGAUCCCAUCAAACUUAAAUAUAAAGUCAAGUUGCGUUUCGAUUCCAAGUUCAUCUUCUUCGAAGCUGCCAACAAUGCACUUCUAAAAUAGGCUGUCUCCGAGGCUGAAAAGAUAGGAACUUAGGAAUACGAAUUGCGCUUUCUCCUGAAAGACUCCAAACUUAUUUAUAAUUAUCAUCUCUACAUAAAAAUGAUCAAGAGUCAAGAAUACAAGGAAUUGACGAAUCAAUUCGAUGGACUGUGUAUAAUGGUCAAGGACAAGUUUAUUAAGCUUCAGAAUGAAUUGGCAGAAAAUGCAGGAUACAGAGGCGAUAUUUCAAUACAACUCCCAAAUAGCUAUGUUCUGGCAUGGAUGCCUCACAACAAAGCAGAUUAUAUUAUGUAGGAACUCAACAAACUUCUAAAUACUUUUUCACACCUUCGUAUUACAGACUCAUAGGCCAUUUGGUUCUCUUGUUACAAAGACUCCUUUCAAAAAACACAUAAUUGUGCAAUAGAAUAUGCGGAGCAGAAUCAAAUCAUCGAGUUAAGAUUGGCUUCUUAAAGUGGGAUCAAUCUCACUGAAUUCGCUUCGAGUGCACUUUCAAAGAAUUCUCUUAUUCAUUUCCCUUUUGAAUUGGAUGAAAUUUCAUUCAAUGCAGACGAGGUCGAAACUCUGGUCAAAGAACAGUUGAAUUGUAAAUUUGAAUUGUGGAGUCAAGUUAAGGUUAUUGAUUUAGCCUCCUAAAUAGAUAAGAAAUAUGGCACCAACAUUCAAAAUAGAAUUAAGAAAAUAACUAAAUUAUUUCGUAAAUCUUUUUACAUAUAUGGGAGACCUGAAAAUGAAAGUAAAGUCACUUAGAUCUUGAGAACCAUUCUAGAGCAGAGAAUCAAAUAAUGUUAGGAUUCCAUCGUCAAGGACUAUUUAAUUAGCAGUGAAGAGAGCGGGUUCAAACUAAUCUUUUUCAAUAGAAAAGGUACUUUGUAAUUGGUUAACAAUGUUUUUGAUCCAAAUGAUUUUGAUUAGUUUUUAGCCUAAAAUUACAAUCUACCAUACGAGGUCAAAGUUUAUAAGGCUGACAAAAAUUUAAGCUUUUAUGUCAAGGUACCGAACAAUCAAAGGGAAAUCAAGAAUGUCAUCGUUGAAAUGUUAGAUAGUUAUGUAAAUCAUUCUUUCUAUUAUAUUGUUGACAAUGUCAAUAUCAAUUUCAGAGUGGGUCACAAAUUCAACUGUAAGAUAGAAACUUUCAAAUCAAAUUCUAAUGUCAGGGGUCUAUUAGAUAUCUACGGAUUCGAACUUCAAUAAAUAGAAUAAAAUAACAAUGGUGAUGCUCUGGUUAUCAAAGUUUCUAAUAUUUUGCAUUCUAAACAACUUGAUCUAAUUAAUUACUUUAAUUAACAAUUAUAGAACUGUAUUGAAUCAUAUAAAUCUGAUAUUUAUUUGUAAAUGGUCAAUGAUAAUAACAAUAAAAUGAAAUUGAAGAAAACUGAUAAUGCUUAAAUUGAUUACACAAAUACUUGCGAACCCUAGUUAGAGAGGUGUAAAAUUAUCUAAUUAACAUCCUCACAAUUACAAUUAAUUAAAUAGUUCAAUAUCGUAUAUAAUAUCAUCAAAUAAUCUGAUUAAUACUUGGAGGAUUCCUUCUUUGUUGCCGUCUAAUAUAAAGGCAAUCAACUAUAAGAUGCUAUUGAAAGCAUCAAAUCAUAGGAAAGCUAAUUUUUAGCAAAAUGGGCGUAAGAUAAAGAAAUUAUAGAGGUGGAAAAAAAUAAGAAAUACGAACUUUAUUCAGUGUUUAUACAGGAAUUAUUUCUAGACUACUAUUCAACUACUAGGUUGCAAUUGCUUAACAGCUACUUAGACUAGGAGAUUACUAUGGAAAAAUAGCAGGUUUAAUUUUAUAUAGAAGUUACAAAACUAAAUGUACCCAUUUCAAAUUUAGCCCCAAUUAUUACUGUCAUAUAAUCUAUCGAUAAUGUAGGAAGGGUUUUCACACAAAUGAAGGAGUUACCACCAGGUCGAUAUCUAAUUGGCUAUGCUCUAACAAAUGCCAAAGAGUUUCAAUUAAGUUCAGUCAAAUAUAUUAUAAGAAAUGUUGUUCAAAUUCAUUAGGAAGAUAUCUGAUAAAAUCAUAUAUUAAAUAUUGUUAUUAAUCUUAUAAUGAAAA